UCACCUAACCUACAAAUGUCAACGUUGCAUAACACAAACAAAACAACAACAAAGGUGAAAGAAAAACAGAUUGUUUUACCUACUAUAGGAGUUCUUCUGUUAGUUAAUUAAUUGAAAACAUUAAGUGUCAAUACAACAAACAUAAAACCUCAAAAUGGCUCAGCCGCCAUCGCGCAGCAUAUUAAAAAUGAUCAUAACCAACUUUAUAAACUCGCUAAAGCCCAGACAAAUGAGGGGAAACCACAUGGGAACAGACCCUUUCGGCAAUAGGUUUUUCGAGAUACCUGUAAAUUCGGUGAGUUCGAGAACUAGGCCCAGCAGAUGGUUCGAGCCUCCCAUCAAAGAUGAUUUUCAAAGUGAAAUGUCUGCAGAAUGGGAGGCUUGGUUGAGAGGCAGAAGAACGCUGCCACCGACAGAAGAGGAAGUAGCAAAGAACCUUGCCAUAAUGAAUAUGAAGAAGAUUAAUGCCAAGGAGGUGGAUGCCAAAGGCAAUUUACCUGCUCCUGUGCAAUCGGGAAUGGAAAGCUUUCCUCUAAGACCUGAAUAUGAACGAGUGCCAGGUUUAAAACAGAAAUAAUAAUACAAUUAGUCUAAUACUUUACUUCCUCAUUAGUUUAAUAUUUAUUAUGAUGGUAAUAGAUUAUUAUAUUAAGUUUUUCAUUCACCAAAUUGUAUGUAAUUAUUAUAUAAUAUCCUAUCCAGUACAAUAGUACAGUUCUUUGGCAUGCUAAUAUUUGUGAUCUUAUAAUACUGACAUAAAUAGAAUGAAUUUAAAGUAAAUAA